AUGUCUUUGUCUCUUAACAUUUUGACGCAUUUUUCUAUCUCUUACAUUAUCUCAAACUCUUUAUCUCUCUCUCAAACUCACUUUCUCUUUCGGGUUUCUCUGUCUUACAAGCUCGCUAUCUCUCUUCUAUUGUAUCUCCCCUUUGGGCUGUUUCUUUCUCUCUCUCUCUCUCUCUCUCUCUCUCUCUAUUUGGCGCACAUAUUCUCUCUCUCUCUCUCUGGUACACAUUCUCUCUCUCCUUCUCCUAAUCUUUCCCUCGUUCUUUUUACUUCUAUUUCUUUUCCCUCUUUUGUUAUAAUUAUUACACUGUUUGCUUCCUUUCGAUUUCUUUCUCUCUCACAUUUUCCUGUCUCUCCUUCUCCCUAUGUAUAUUUCUACGUCUUCUUCUCCAUCUCUCUUUCUGCUUUCAACACCUCGCAACUUUCUCUCUCUCUCUCUUUAUCUCUCUCUCUCAUUAUCUAUCUAUCUAUCUAUCACACUUUGUCCAAACAAAUCCAGACCCUUAAAAAUCCAUUUAUCUGCCUUUCUUGUGAAUCCUGUCUUGCGUGUUGCAAAUCUAAGACAAGGACGCCUGACAUUACUUUGGUCUUUAUAUUUCAUUUUUUUACCUUUCAUGAAUGCAUGGCUGUGACCAAUUUCUCUUUAUUUACGAGACUUGCCUGA